CUCGCGGCCGCGCUCUUGGUCGUCUAGAUUGUCGCGACGCGCUGUUCCGACAUGCACGAUAGUGUUUUGUUUUUAUCACUCCCGCCGGCGCGAACGUCGAAAGCGCGGUACUAGUCGUACUUCGAACAGCGGAAUUUUCCCCGAUAGAAAAAUGAAAAUGGUUUACGUAUUGUGAACGAUGCGCGAAGUGGGUCGCUGUCCUACAGCUGGUGGAUCUUUAUAUUGUUGUGUUGGUGUUUGUGUGGUACUUCAUCAUAGGCAAUAUGCGACGGAUGAUGCUGAAAGGGUUCCUUUGCUGGAAGCGUAAAUUGAAGAUAGUAUCAUGUCGAGCAUAAAAAGAAGUUCCACCAGGCGAUCUGAUGAUACCAUGGACGAUGACUCCGACGACAAAGACUCAAAACGGAAAUCUAGAAAUUUGAGCGAAAAGAAACGUAGGGAUCAAUUCAACCUUUUAGUUAACGAGUUGAACACAAUGGUUUCUACAGGUGGCAGGAAAAUGGACAAGUCAACCGUACUCAAGUCCACCAUAUCGUUCUUAAAAAACCAUAAUGAGAUUACGGUGCGAUCUCGAAUAAAUGAAAUACAAGAAGACUGGAAACCGACUUUCUUAACGAACGAAGAAUUUACGCAUUUAGUUUUAGAAGCCGUCGAUGGAUUUAUUAUGGUAUUCUCCACAUCUGGUCAUAUUUAUUACGCUUCCGAAAGUAUUGCUUCACUUUUAGGUCAUCUACCGAGUGAUUUGCUCAACACGACAAUAUACGAGUUGGUGAGCGAAGAAGAGCGAUCCGAUUUGUACAACGUGCUGCUUACUCCGUCCGACGAUGAAAAGCAGGUCUCGUUUUCCUGCCACUUUCGGAGAAGUGGACCCGCCGAAAAAAAUAGACAUCCUACUUACGAGCUUGUCAGCUUUGUUGGAUAUUUUAGGACUGACGAAGACAUGGUACAAGGUGAAAAUAGAUAUAGUGGAUAUUCAGGAGAAGCAGAUACUAGCAACGUUUCAUCUACAUUUUCCAACUUAUCGCUCUAUAGAAGUAGAAGUUUUAACGUGAAGACAGAAAGACGUUCAAAGUUAGUAUUCGUUGGAACAGGUAGACUGCAGACACCGCAACUGCUGAAGGAACUACCUCUUGUAGAGACUGUGAAGAGCGAAUUCACAUCAAGGCACAGUUUAGAAUGGAAGUUCCUCUACUUAGACCAUAGAGCUCCUCCCAUUAUUGGCUAUCUGCCUUUUGAACUUUUGGGCACCUCAGGCUACGACUACUACCACAUUGAUGAUCUGGAGAAGGUAGUAAAAUGCCACGAAGCGCUAAUGCAAAAAGGAGAAGGCACCUCAUGUUAUUAUAGAUUCUUAACUAAAGGUCAGCAAUGGAUUUGGUUGCAGACGAGGUACUACAUUACUUAUCAUCAAUGGAACUCUAAGCCUGAAUUUAUUGUUUGUACACAUAGAGUAGUAAGUUACUCGGAUGUCUUAAAACAGUAUCGCGAGGGUUCCAAUAGUGAGUCACUGUCCACAGCGUUUGGCGAGCAAUCACCAGCCAUGAGCGUGAAGACAACAGGAGGAGGAGGCUUGUCUUGGCUGAGUUCCAGCGGGGGCGACGCGAAGUCUAGAGGCACCAUUAGGCCAGGCUCGGCCUCGGAUUGCACAUCAGUUUCGUGUGAUUCCCCUGGGUCAAAAUAUUCGUCUUCCAUCCACCGACCAGCUCACAAACGUUCUACCAGUUAUCAGGGUCACCAAACGCAUCACAGUCAGCAACAAUCUCUGACCGGCAAGACGAUACCUGUCAAUCAGCACCAGUCGACGGCUCCAUCACCUGACCAACAAGCAGUACCACUUUCGCCUCAACAGCAACAUAUGAUGACCGCGCAGGUGCAACCGCAGGCGAUGUCACCCCAGGCGUUCGUGGAACCACCUCCGCCGCAGUACGUGGCUGCAAUACCACUACAGUCUGCUACUAUAGUGCCCAAUUUUGCUACUGCUCCACCUGCGGCGGUGCUAUCACCAUUACCGGAGGUCGACAACAUGGUGAUGUCAUCCGCUCAGUCUCAGCUUCAAGUUGAUCUUCAGAGAAAACAUGCGCAGCUUCAAGCUAUCAUCGAUCAACAGCAACAGGAACUGAGGAGGGUAUCUGAACAGUUGCUCAUGGCUAGGCUUGGAUUGUUGCCUGGGUCACAAGCACAAGCCGUUGUGCAAAACGUUCCGAUGCAGUAUCACCAAUCAGUGACGACAUCAGUUACCGGAGCCCCAUCCUGUACCGUCAGCAGUACCUCGGCAGCCGGUUCAGCCCCAACAGAUGAGAUGCUGCAUGGAGUACCGGGGGGUGGACAGGUGAUCGUUCCUGUAUCGGGGUCGCUACAACCUCCUGUGGGAGGACCCGCGCCUCAACCGUCAGUCUCAGGUCAUACUCAGAUCACUGCUACGAUCAUCUAUAGCCAGCCGGACUCAAAUACGCAAGGAAAGUGAACAAGUGUCAAAUUGACUCUAAACGAAGAGUUAUGAUUGAUAGUGUGCUUUAUAUUAUUGAAACUAGUUUGCUCUUCUGAUACCUGUUUAUAAGUCCAGGAGAUAAAUACGUUUGGCUAUGCAAAAGGGAUGCACCGAAAACCACUUUUGUCAAAACGCGAUUAGCAGAUGCUCUGACAGAUUCGAGUACUGAUUACCGGAUACUCGGUGGAAUGAUUUGCUCUGCUACCGUCAGUGAUUAUAUUUGAGUUUCUAGGUCUCUUUACUCAAAAAAAUUAUUCAUGCACCAACAGAAGAGUUUCCAGAAGUUUUGCUCAUCAAAUAGUCGAGAGUCUUGCAACAGUUAGAUAUACAGGGUGUUAGGGAAAUAAUGCUUAUUAAUAACUUCAAGAGGUGAUUGCUUGCAUUAUUCUAAGCAAAAAAAGUAAUUCUAACGAAUGUCCGAAAAUCAAUCGUUUUCAAGGAAAGUGAGUCGUAAAUAAUUAAAUUUUCUCAAACAUUUGGCAACGCUGCAACGCAACCGCGAUACGAGCGCACGACGACCGCAACUGUUUACGUUUGUAUGAUAUUUUUGUUGAAAAUAUGCCUUGAAUUAUUGAAUAGUUUUACGCAAUUUUUCGUGGCUGAUAUUUUUUAUUUUUUUCAGUACAGUACAUUGACUUAAAAAAAAUGACAGAACUUACCAGAUAUACACACCACCAAUUCCCACGUCCCCCCCAUCAGUCACUUGCUUGAAACGAUGCGAUGCACGAAAAAAAGAAAACCAACAUCCGUAAAUCAUAUAAAGUUACAGUUAAAUGUAUUGGUAAUCACAACAACACGCGAUGAUACAUGCAGUGCAGGUGGAGUACGACAUUGCCAGUUGUGUGAGGGAUUUUGUUUGUCUGUUUUUCUUCGGAAAAUUGUAUUUUUAAUAAGCAAGAAAAUUAUUUUGUUACACACAGCUAAUUAAUAGAUAGAUGUAUUGUUACAUUUUACUCUAUUAGGCAUAUGAAUUUGAAUUAUUAAGGUGAAUAAUUAAUUUAUUUCAUGACUAAAAAGAAAUAAGUUCAGCAUUUUUUUACUAAGAAACGGUUGAUUUUCGGACAUAGGUUAUAAUGAACUUUUUUCAUCAGAAUAAUGCAAGGAAUCACCUCUUAAAGUUACGAAUAUUAUUUCCCCAACACCCUGUAUACGAUUACGAUUUACUUUGGUAUUCAGCUACGAUAUUGAGUUAAAAAUGAAACCAUAUUUGGACAUCACAUUUUUGUAACAUUUGUUUUUAAUAUCUCCUAUUGCAAAAGAAUAGAUAAAAAGUAUCGAUAUCGUUAACCUGCACUGUUCUUGAAGGUAGAUAACAUGAGGCUUCAUGCUAUUACCUAAUAGCAUCGCUGUCAACCAUGAGCCGGUAUGAACAUUUCUUGACGUGAAGGUUAAAUGAAGAGAAAAAUUGUUCAUGUACCAUGGGGGCGGAAGUUAUAGUUGUUCGGAAGUUCAUGCAAAAAGAUUCUUCUAAAUAAUGUUUUUAACUAAAAUGUGCAGGAUUCUGAUUGUUUCAAAACUCUAAAACUUCCUUUGCCAAUAGAAAUGGAAUCUACUUAAAAAUAUGACAACUUUGUUACAGACAUCUCAGAAUAUGUUUUUCUAUAAAGUAUAAAUUAUCGUUGUUACUUGUAUUCAUAUUAUCAAGAAAAUUUUAAAUAAUUUGGCCCUUAAAACCCUCAGAAGCUCGAAAAGACACGAUAUUGAAGAAUUACAUUUUUUGAUUACCCGCUCGAGUAAUUUGAUACUCGCCGAUAGAGCCGAGUACUAGCUGCAUCCCUAGUAUGCAAAAAAAUUGUUGGAGUAAAACAAUCCAAAUUUAUUUACACCUUAUGUCGCUUAGGUGUUUACGUAUUUGUUUCCUGGAUGUAUACACAGGCAUUGGAACGAGCACGUUUUAUUAUUUAUUGAAUCGUUUUUUAAACAUUUCCCCGAUGCUUUGAAAGGCUUACUAUCACUUCUCAACUAUUUGAAGUGAGACUCAAGUUUAUAACACCUUGUAAGACCGCAGUCUCAUACCACCUUUUCUAUUCAGAUCAGUAUACAGUGCCGGCCAACGUGGUUUUUCCAUUUUGAUUUUGCAUGUGUACGAGAGAGAAGCGUGUUGAAGAGAGUGCGUCAUAUAACCGUCGUCACCGCGUUGCCUGGCAAUGGCAGUGGUGGAGAGCGCGGAGUAACUUACGUAUUGCAAGGUGUAGCACGCUUCUCUCUCUCUCUCUAUCGUAGACAUGGAAAUCUGAAAGGAAAAAGAACAUUUCCGAACACUGUAUGUUUCAAAUCUAGUUUGUAUAGAGAAAGACGUUAAGCUCGGAUUGCCUAUCGAAUACCUACCACGGAUGCUUUUAAAUUUAGUUCAAUGGUAGAUGUUGAGUUCAGUUUUACUGACAACUCAAGAAAUACCUUUCGAUAAUGGUAUAAUGUAUUUGUCAGCAUGAAGUUGUCCAUGCUAUCACGACGACGUCUUGGUGGUGAAGAACGCUUACGGGACUACAACCUCACCGGUUUAUCGCUAAGUUGAACAAUUUGACGUGCCUAUCUAAAAAGAUCGUAAGUCACAAUUUUAAGAUCUCUAUAAGAAAGUUUUCAAUUAGUAUAAGAAUUGUAAAUAUUAUCCAUUUUAAAUUUGAUAUUUUCAAAAAUAAAGUAUCAUCGUAUGUAUUUUUCCAUCAAUUUUAUAUUGACAUAAGGUCAUAUAUCACGUUUCUUAUGAGUUGGUAUUAUAUGUGUCAUCAUCUACAUUUUUGUCUGUUUCACCGUUCAUAAAGGACAUGAGCGAUUUUCCAAUGUUUCAAAUUUUGUUCCGUCUCUCCUGCAUAUCUUUUAGAUGAGUACCUCAAAUUAUUGAUAUGAAGUAGAUAUCUACGGUCACGAGAAUCAAAAGGCAAUGAAAGCUAUCAGAAGAUCACGAUUAAUGGAUAGUUAGGCCUUUCAUUGCUUUGAGAAAGCAAGAGACAAGUUUUCGUAUUUUAGAAAAAUCAGUGCUAUGUAAUGUGUUACCAUGAUAUUUGCAAGUUUUUGAAAGACAUUUACUCAAGUUGUAAGUGAAUAUAGAUAUAUGGACUGAGUUAUUUUUUUAUCUGUACAUAUCAGUGGUAUAUACUGGAUUUGUUAGUUUCCUUUUACACCGUAAAGAUCGUAAUUUUCAUGUAAUACACUUUUCCUUCACCCCCGCAGGGCUGUUUCGUAUCUUGAAAAGUGACAUUGUGUCGUUUUUCUGACAUUAUAUAGGUUUUUUGUGACAUUAUGUAGGUUUUUCUACAAGAUGUCCACUCAGCACUAGCUAUUGUACACCUGUUGUGUACUCGUUCCGUAGCUGUACGUGUUGCCUAAAUGUCAUGAUGCUUCAGCUAUCAAUGUUUGAAUCUGAUGUGAUGUAACAUCUCGUUCAGAGGUAGCAUUAUUCUAUUGGUCUCUUGUCUCAAAUAUACUUACUUGAGAUGUGUCCAAAGGUAAAAAUUAAUUACGCAUCCGCUUUUUUAACCUAGAAAUUGCAUAUGCAAAUUUGCUGAAUUUCAGAAAAGAAAGCGAUAGGAAAAGAAAAUCCUUGUUUGGUAAAACUAAUAGGUGAGAAAAUAUGGUACAUACACGAAUAUUUAUAUAUAUAUAUAUAUAUAUAAACGUAAAAAAGUUAUUGCAUUUCACAUUUUUACAGUCAUUUAAAUUUUGUAGAAAUUUGUCAACUAUAAAAUAUAAAUCAGCGCAUAGAUGUGAGGCAGAUCGAAAAUAUUUUUUAUAUUAUACAUCAUUUCCAAUUUGUCUGUGAUGUGGCUUAAUUACACACAACGCGGGUGCGGUGCUGAUUUUCCGCAAUGCUUCCCAAAUUUUUUGAAAACGCAAAAAAAAUUGGGAAAAACGUAAUGUAUAACUUUAAACAUAAUCUCUCUUCAGAAAUGACAAUACAAAUAGCCCGUCUGGCACGCUAAAAGAUAUAUUUCAUGGGCAGCUUAUUCAGUAAUAAUUUUCUAGAUCACUGAUGUUAUUUAUACACAUGCAGGACCAAUACACACUAUAUCCAGAUGUAAUCUUGCUACUCAACCGCACAGCUUCUCAGUGUAUACUCUACAGACUCUCUCGGCAUUCUGCAACCAACAAAGCAUGAUGGGGAACUGACUUGCAGCUUGCAGGUCAUUAAGAGUGUCGUGUCGUUGAGUCAUCUCUUCAUAGAUGGACGCUCGCAGCGAUCAUAGCGAGCAAACGCGGAAUGUACCAUUUGCUCAGUAGGAACUAUCUAGGCGGCAAGUUCACAUUCUGUUGUUUUUACGUUCAAGCCCUUCCAGAAAUGCAUUCUCCCAGUUUUCCAUCAAAACGUAUUACUUUCCAAAAAAUAAUGAGCCAAACGGGACUUUACUUCAGUUUCUCUCACAGGAUCCCUGCUGCUACCGUUAGCUGUCUCCAGCUAACAGUUCGGAGUAUUUAUCUUGUAAUUUGAAAUCCAGAUAGUAAUUUUUCAGACUACAUACUGGAGAAGACCAUUUUUAGCAGCGGUAAUGGCUGCUGCAGAAUCCGCAGUGUGGCAUCGCCCAGAUCGGCAUAAUGACAACUUGUAGCCAGCAUAGAUUUCGUAAUCUAAAUAUUUUUCAUAUCUACAUUCUGAAUUUUCCAUAUAUAACUAUGUUCGGUAGCCUAGCACAUACGGCUUGUCUAUUCAAUACCAAACAUCCAACCUACCAUAUCAGAAUUAAUCAAACCUGCUUCUCCCUGAAUAUUGAAAUAUGAAAGAAAUAUUUCGAUUUUCAAAAGCCUGGAGAUAUUUUACAAAUAAAGAUGCAAUUUGCUUUAAAAAACACCAUAUUGCGAAUUUAAUUCAGCCUGCACCCUGCACCUCAUCAACAGCAAUAGCCCGCCGCCAUUGGAGAGAACCCAACCAAGCCGCGCGCUCCUGUAGAGUGCGGUACCUUUUAUCUAUAAUUUAUUGCUCGGGCAUUACCUUCCAGUAUCAAUAAUCCUUUUUAGACUGUCUUCCGCGCUAGUACAGCGCUGUAAUUCGGUAUUUUUGGAGGACAGAAAAUGAAAGAGGUAUGUGCAACUUGGAUCGCUUAUUUUUGUACUAUCUAGUUGCUAUGCCACGUCACAGGCACUCACUGUAAACGCCACCUAGAGAGAAAUGCAACAACGACUUAUACUAGUAUAAAAUGUACCGCUUAAGCCAUAUAAGCUAUACGAGGGCGCUUCAAUAAGUACCCGUGUUAGAAAUGAAGACACCAUUUUUGCCAAAAAAUUUCUUUUUAUUUUUCAACAUAAUCCCCUUUUAGAAAGAUGCACUUUUCUCAAUAUCUUGCCAUUUUGUUAACCCCCCCAAAAAAUAGGAUUUGUCGAACUCUUCAAAAUACGCCUCUGUCUCGGCGAUGACUUCCUCGUUUGUGCUAAAUUUUUUCCCCGCGAGCCAUUUUUUCAUGUGAGGGAACAAGAAAAAGUCGCAGGGUGCCAGAUCGGGUGCGGCAGCACUUCAUAACGCAAUUCAUGUAGCUUGGUGGCGAUAACUCCGGAUGAAUGUGCUGGUGCGUUAUCGUGGUGAAACAGCACCUUCUUUUUCAUCAAAUGUGGCCAUGUCUCCUUCAAUUUUUGCCAAAGCGGUCCAAUAACUCACUAUAGUAUUGUCCAGUGAUCGUUUUUACUUUUCAUAAAAAAUCCACGAGGAUGACGCCGCAUCCCAAAAAAUCAUCGCCAUAACCUUUCCGGCCGUUGGGACCGUCUUCGACCUCUUUGGAGCAGAUUCAACGGGAGAAAUCCAUUGUUUUGAUUGUUGCUUAGUUUUUGGUAUGUAAUCAUGAAUCUAGGUUUCAUCGACGGUGGCAACUUGAUGCAAAAACUCCUUCGGAUUUCGAUUAAAUUACUCCAAACACUGCUUCGAAGUUAACAACCGUAUCCGCUUGUUGUCCACCGUGAGCAAUCGCGGCACCCAUCGGGCCGACAAUUUUUUCAUAGCCAUCUUAUCACGUAAAAUGUUGAUAGCUAUUCCGGUCGACACAUCUACGGCCUCUGCUACUUCGCGUACUUUCGUUCGUCGUGGAUUUCAUCGGUAACCACGUCUGCCGGGCGUCCUGGUCGAUCCUCAUCAAAAACGGAUGUUCGCUCACGUUUAAAUUCGUUGAACCAAUGUGGUCACUGUGGUCAUAUAGAUGGCGAAGUGCCCCCAUAAACAGCAUCAAACUUUGCAUUUAUACCCUCGCAUUUUUUCCCAUCCAAAAACAAAAAGCGAAUUACCGAACGAUACUGCUCUUCUUCCAUCUUAGCGAAAGUCACGAAACACGUGUUACUCGAAUGGCUGCCACAUCCAAACUAACAUAUCAAUCAGUCUAAAAUGUGUUGUGCCGUCGUCUGAUAGAUGGCAGUACACGAUGAUAACAUUAACUUCCCUUAGGAACGCCCUCUGUCGUCAAACACGGGUACUUAUUGAACAGCCCUCGUACAUGGCCAUCUCUUGAGCAGAUGUUAUAUCACAUCAGAGCCAAACGGUAUAGCUCAAGUUUAAUGUCGUUUAGGCAACACGCACAGCUAGUACAAUUGAACAUGGAGUGAAUGACAGCUAGUUCCAAGGUGACAUUUUUUCGGAAAAACUACAUAAUGUCAUUGAUAUCAAUAUGUCAUUGCUUAAGUUACUUACUCGACUAUUCCAUUGAAGUAUAUGGAAGACCCCUGAUCUGGCGACCGUCUUGGCAGUGUCGCCAAUUUCAAAGAGUAGCUACACCAUAGCACAGUGGUCUAUAACUGGCAAAAAUUGAAUAAAACGAAGUACAUAUUGAAAAUGAUUGAAAAUUAUUACCUGUUUGAAAGUUAAUACCUUGAAGAAUAAUUUAGCCAUGGAAUUAGAAUUUUGCUUACACUAUCUUUAUCAUAACAGACUAUUAAACUUGAAGUUUUUGGUGUAUCAUUCGACACUAAUUUUUAAUGUCAAAAUUUCUGUAUCACCCGUUUUAUUAAUAACAAAUAUAAUAAAGAGAGUACGAACUUUUAUCUGAUGUAGCAUUAUCAUUAUGGUUGUUUUCACGUACUCUGGCUGGCUACUCUAUGGGUACUAUAAUAUACGGUUUGCCAUAACUGGCCAUAGUGAAGGAAAAGUGAGUCACUAUGUGAGUGGCCAAACGAGUUUGUAUAAAUGUCAUGUGUCAUAAAUAUAGUAACAAAGAUGUGUGCCAAAAUUGAUAAAUAGUUUUGUCAAGGAAAAAUUAUUAUACUUG